CGCCCAGGUCGACCGUUCAGUGAUGAACACAAACGUUAUAUUUCCUCCUCCAUCUCGCCUCAUUUCUGACAUUCCUUUGACGUUUGGACCAUCAACGUUUCACCGGAAGGUCAGGGGGGGAAAUGAAAACGCGAGACACGCAGCAGGUUUCAGAGAAAACUGAAGAUGAUUUCCUCGAAGAGGUUAAUCUCAAACAUCGGACCUCACAUUCUGUCAUGCGAGUGAGCCACGACUUCCUGUCAUGUUUUGAGGAAAUGAAAAAAUAAACGUAUUGCUUCAUUAAAAGGAGCCAAGUCACCGUGACACAUUCUCGUAAGAAACGGACAUGACGUCCCAGCAGGUUUGGUGUUUCCUGCCGACUGCAGCUCUUCUCUUCCUCCUGUCCGUACAAACGAUUGCAGAAGUGAUGAAGUCGGUGUCGGACUGUGACCGCUUCCUUCUUGACCAAACACCACCGCACAUUCCAGGCAUCCUGGAGGCCGGGAGGAUCCUCGAUCAGAACCGGUACAAGCUCAUUUGCCAGACCUACGGGAAYCAAAGGAGAUUUGUGACACUUUACGAUGUUCGCAACCGGAUUCCGGUGUUUUCCGCUGUCAAGUUCACUGGAGAAGUUUCCGGAAGGAGACCUAAAAGCGUUUGGAAAAUCGAACCGCAGCUGGAGGAUCCAAAUGGAGACAAGAAGAUGAUCCCCGAAGAUAAGAACAGAACCUACAACCACCAGGCCGGCGCUGUGGAUUACAGAUCCAACAGAACAUUUGACCGGGGUCACAUAUUUCCUAGCUCCUACGCCUCAACCAAAGCGGACAAACUGUCGACUUUCACCCUGACGAACGUCGUUCCCCAAGCGGAGUCCUUCAACAAGGGCAGCUGGAACAAAAUGGAGAGGUGCACCARAUGCGUGAUGGAGAAGUACUGCGUCAACAGCAGCGGCGGUACCGGGGGCUUUGUGGUGACCGGGGCCCUGCCCAGCUCCAGCAGCACCCUCAACAACAGGGUCAACGUUCCCACCGCGCUCUGGUCGGCGUUCUGCUGCUACAGCGCCGUGGCCCAGGCGUGGAUAGCGAGCGGGCACUGGGGCCGCAACGUCCAGGACGAGUCCAAACGCCAAUAUCUGAAGACGGAGACUCUGGAGGAUCUCCAACACCGGCUGCGCAGGUCCAACUCUGAGUUUGUAAUAUUCCCUGGAUCGAAAUGUCCUCUGACAACAACCGUAACAGAGUUUUACCCAGAAAUGAAAAACUGCCUCUGCCCACCGACCAUCCCGGACCCUUCACCUUCUGUGUCUGGUCCGUCACAUUCCCACCUUCUCAUGCUCUUCUUCCCUUUCUUUUUAUUCUCAUAUCAUCAAUUCUGAUAAUCAAGACAGACUGAACUGGGACAGUGAAAACCAGUAAAUAAUCAUUGGGAACCUUUCUCUAAUCUUUCCAGUCUGCGCUGCAGUAGAUGGCGCCACCUUGAGGUAAAAUUGGUUGCAAUCCCCUUAGAAAUGUAUUCAUGUAUCCUUAUUUAUGUGAAACUGUUCAACAUUAUAUGGAAUGUGGUUUGUAAAGUUACACAAUUAAAAAUUAGCAUCGAUGAUCUGGAUUAUUCAGUCCAGCAUUAAAAAAAUGGGGUUCAUUUUUCAAAGUCA